AUGCCCAGCGUGCUGGCCGUGUACAGCGCGGUAGCUUUGUGCGGUGCGCUGGUGCUGCUCGUGGCGGCGAUCGCGCAUGCGCUCAUGCACCUCAGCGGCUGGAUUGACGCGCACCCUGAAAAAGCACGCCGCCUCGGCGUGCGCUACGCGCUGGUGAACCUCGCGGCGCUCGCGACCUUUACUGUGCUGGGCUAUUUGCCAUGGGCGAGCGCACUACUCUCCCUUUCAUCGACCCUGUAUACCCUGUGGAGCCUUGCGUGGCGGCGGCAGCCGUCGCUCGUGCUGCUUGGCCUCGCGCUGUGCCUACCGCUCGGCGCGCACCUCUCGCUUACGUCGCACUACGCGACGGCGCAGGCGGCGUGGGCCGCGCAUACCUUUGGCUUCCAAGACGCGCCGCAGCUCCCCCGCGCGACGCCGCACGAGGUCGUGGCGCUCCUGGGCGGCGUUGUCUGGACGCUGCCCAUCUGGCACGGCCUGUGCGUCACGACCGAGAGUCUCGCGCUCCCUACGCAGUCCACAUAA